AUGAUCGGAAAUGCUAACCUGCCGCAUCGCGACGCUGCUGUCUAUCGGCACGACUCAGUCUUCAGAUACGCAGGAUUCCCGCCCGCGGUAACGACAUCGCGCCGUUCGGUCCGCUACCCCUGUGGGCGCCACAACCGCACUAGCCCGUGCGUGGCGCUACGCUCGGAUCGAGAGGAUCCAUUCCAGACUUUUGGGCAAGUCUUACUCCACCGACCUUUUGCCUUCGUAAACAACUACAAGCCUUACGAUUACUGCUACCUGCCUCUCCCUCCUUCCCGCAUACCAAGCACUUGUGUCGGAGCAUUCCUUUCUAGAUCCUGGCUUGUCGACAUGUCAGACAAAUUGACGUCACGUCAGCCGUGGUCUCUCCGGCGCAAACUCCUCAUAGGGGGUGGUAUUGCACUCGGCCUACUUGCACUCGCACUCGGCUUGGGAUUAGGCCUCGGACUGGGCGGCAGCGACGACGACGACGAGGGCUCAGAGACACCUACACUUUCACCACUGCCAUCACCAAAUGCCCCAUCACUGUGGAGACCAAGAGUGAACCAGACGUGGCAGAUCAUCCUCUCUCAUCCUCCUGUCAUCUCAGAUAGCGACACUACCACGACGCCAGAUGUAGAUAUCUUUGACAUCGAUCUGUUUGAUACCCCAACAGAGACAAUCCAACGCCUGCAUGAAUUGGGAAAGAAAGUGAUCUGUUAUUUCAGCGCUGGAAGCUACGAGGAGUGGCGAUCAGAUGCUGGCGAAUUCAAAGCCGAUGACAUGGGCAAGGAGCUUGAUGGUUGGCCUGGCGAAAAAUGGUUGCGACUGGGCAGCGAGAAUGUGCGUAGAAUCAUGAAAGAGCGAGUCGAUCUGGCGAGAAGCAAAGGCUGUGAUGCUGUGGAUCCCGACAAUGUCGAUGGCUAUCAAAACGACAACGGGCUUUCUCUCACACAGCAAGAUAGCAUAUCAUACAUGGCCUAUCUCUCUUCAAUCACUGCGCCUUUGAACUUGACGCUUGGUCUCAAGAACGCAGGCGACAUCAUAUCCGCCGUGCUACCAAUUGUGCAAUUCUCGGUCAAUGAGCAGUGCCUUCAGUACAAAGAGUGCAAUAAGUUCCAAGCCUUCAUCGCCGCAGACAAGCCUGUAUUUCACAUCGAAUACCCAGACGGCGCUGGCGAGGGCGAGUCGGCAACAAGAGGUCUAAGCCAGAACACUAUGAGGUCACAUUGCUCGAGUAACGGAGAUGCCGAGGGAAGUCAAGGAUUCAGCACAGUACUCAAGAAGAUGAAUCUAGAUGGGUGGGUAGAGUAUUGCGACGGCAACGUACAGACCAGCGCUGUGAAUCAGAACACCGGGCACGAGAUGAUGCGGAGGACAAUACGAUCCCUACAAGUGUGCGCACAAUCUGCAUUCUCCCGGACCCACCGCUUUACCAGGCGGCGGACCAGCCUCGCAAUCUGCGCAAAAGGCCAUGAGAACAUCAACUACUUCAAAAGCCUUACGCAAGCCCUAUCGAAGAUUUCAGCCGUAAACGAGAACACGCAGACACGGCAUUCCUCCCGUGUCAGGAGAUUUAUUGUCCGGCUGUUAUGGGGCUGUUUGGUUUGCUCGGGUUCGCUCGCUUUUACCAAGCGAGAUUCUGGAAAAGUGUGGGGUGCAUGA